AUAGACUUUACAAUCAGUUCUGCCAUAGCGAGGAGAUUAACAUGGAGUCUGCACAGUCAACAUCCACCAUUACCGCUACAGACAGGAUCAACAGUGCCCUGGCAACACUCAAAAGCGAUAUGAUUGACCUUAGACAGCAAGAUGUCCAGUUGUUAAAGCAGCUCAUGUGUAUCAAUGAAAACAUCCAGAAACUGACCAAACGGAAAGGGAGUUCUAGUACGCCACUUAGGAAGAAACUGGCUCUAGUCAACGGACGAAUGAACUUUGUCAACAUUGACGAGUCCAUCACCGACAAAAAGAACCAUUGUAUCAUAACCGGUCACCUAAGUGGGUCCCUCGCUAGCAUUGAAGACUCUUCCAAUUCUGCUGAGGACCUGAGUUCGGCAGACUCCGACAGCGAUGACAGCAUAUGUGGAACAACAUUAAGCUUUUGAAAAGGACUCGAAUUGGGUUUCGAAUCCUAACUUGCAAGGAGUAUAGUUCCAAGAAAUUCAGAAACAAUGUGCAAAAGUAAAACAGCCACUCUUAACGUUCUCUAUCGACGAAUACAUGAUGUUCACAACCAGCUUUGACUUCUGUGACACUUCCUGGGAUUACAAUCUGGUGUUCCCAUUGCACCAUUUUCACUUUGAUCCUGCUAGAUAGCAAGAUGCUCUAUGACUGAAAAUUCUUAAAAGCAGAAAAAGAGCUCAUUUAUUAAAAGACAUUUGCUGAACUCUGCCAAAGAAUCUAAUUGUGUUCCCACCCUGAACGUAUGAGUUUAAAUGUGUUCUCAAAAGAAGUGAUGGUUAUGUAACUUUAUUAACCAAUUGGACGCAAUUUUGACUGAAAUAGUUAGCGUUAGUUAACAUAUCAUUCAUAUGAAAUAACGAAGAGAUCCUGUCUGUUAUUAACAACACAAGACAUUCUAUAUUUUUACAAUCAAUUAAACUCUAUCGAUUAUGAACAUGUUACUUGGAGUAUGAAUGUAUACAAAAGUAACGAACUAGACAAAUGUGCGUAAAUACACAUGGCAAUAUCAAAGUGUGUGAAUGUGUUUAUAUUAUAUAACUUUAUAUAACUAUUGUUAUCGACAACAGUCUGCAUGACUGAACAAACUUGUUAUUUUUAUAAACUGUUAUUGAGAUAAUAAAAAGAAAC